CGUUUAUGCCCCUCCAUCAGUCUGUGUUGCGAUGCUACAUCGCAACUCGACUUACUCUAUCUACUACCUUGCCUACAGCAGAAAGUGUAGAUUCGGGGCGAGCGCCGAUGUAGUAGUUAGUUGGUGGAUUUUUAUUUAUAGAACCCACGUGCAGCCGGCUCGAUGUGUUUUAUUUAUACUGUGUUUCGGUUUUUUUCUACUAAUUUACCUCCUUCCGUUGUUUCCAUUCGAUAAAUGCCAGCUCAAAUAAGACUGAUUUUCGUGUGAGUGCGCAACACGCAGCAUCCCCAACGAUGUUCCAGUGCAUCAUCCAACAAAAGAAUGGCUGGAUUCACCCCCAUAACACUGAGACCAAAGACGUUUUCCCAGAUAUCCGUUUGCAACUCAACGAGCAGUUGCGAUGUCUAGAUAUGCGAAUGGAGGCCCAGGUCGCUCUAGUAACGGAGUUGCAAGACUUUUUCCGGCGCAGAGGUGAACUAGAACUCGACUAUUCGAAAAAUUUAGAUAAACUAGCGAAAAGCUUGCAGCUUCGGCACAAGGAACAAAAACAAAAACGAGAACAAUGGCCUUUAUUUUCGAGUUAUACGUGUUGGCAACAAUUAGUAACGCAGACUAAAAAUCUAAGCAGGGAUCAUGUAGCUUUAUCCGAAGUUUACUCCACGCAUUUGGUCUCCAGGCUGUCGCAGGUCAUGGAGGACGUCCAGAGGAUCUACAAGAGGUGCCGGGAAAUCGGAUACGAGACUCACGAGGAGAUACUACGUGUCUUGCACGAGCUUCACACAACAAUGAAAACAUAUCACAGUUAUCAGGCGGAACUGCGCCAAGCGGAGGCCAAGCUAAAAUCAGCCGAAACCCAAAGAGCGAAAUUAGAGCAGUCCCUGUCCCAGGACAAGUUAGAUAGGUCGAAAAAGUACAAGCUGAUGGAGAAGGAAGUGAUGAAGCGCAAAAACAAAUACACGGAUGCGAAAUUGAAAGCUCUCAAAGCCCGGAACGAGUAUAUUUUAUGUUUAGAGGCUUCCAACACCACAAUCCACAAAUACUUCGUCGACGAUUUAUCCGAUCUCAUUGAUUGCAUGGAUUUCGGUUUCCACAACUGCAUAUCCCGGGCGCUUCUGAUGCACGUAACGGCGGAGGAGGGCCGCCAGAGGUCGGUCCAGAACGGCUUAGACACCCUAUCAGCGUGCAUUAAUUCCCUAGACUCGAGAUUAGACAAACAGCGGUUCCUUGAGUACAACCACACGGCGUUCAUGAUUCCGAAAAAACUCGAAUUCCAAGGACAGAAGCAGGAAGAGCCCGCUGAACCAGAAAUCCAAAAAGUCCUGCACCAGGAGAUGGAGAGCCGAUUACGCCAGCUGCAGCAACGGGUGACCUCGCUCAGGACCGAGUCGGAGGAGGUCUGGAAGACGCUGGAAACCGCCGAAUCCACCCUGCUGGAGAUGCUCAACGCGAAAGACUACGACUGUAGCGCCUAUUUUGGCGAAAACGCGGUGCCAGCCAGCAAACCGCCCGAAACCGUCUCCAUCAAGCUACGGGCGGACCGGCAGGAGACCGAAGAGUUCUAUCUAACGAAAUUCCGAGAGUAUUUAUUGGGAUCAACAAAAAUCGCUCGCCUAGACGCUAAGCAAGAGUACAUAAGACAAUCGCUGCUGUCCGAAGCGCCCGACUAUUGUAGCACCCUUAAACCAGUCGUCAAGACGCCCCGCCGGAAACGAAUCGGUCGGCUGCAAAUGAGUGGCCAGCCGAAGUUGUUUGGCGGUUCCUUAGAGGAGUAUUUGGAGGCCACGAAUCAAGACAUUCCUCUCAUUAUGAAGUCUUGCAUUAGGGUUAUUAAUUUAUACGGUCUACACCACCAGGGUAUUUUCCGGGUGUCGGGGUCUCAAGUCGAAAUAAAUAACUUCAGGGAGUGGUUCGAACGGGGCGAAGAUCCGCUCGCUGAUAUGACGGACGCGUCUGAUAUCAACAGCGUGGCGGGGGUUUUGAAACUGUAUCUGCGGGAACUGCGCGAGCCGCUCUUCCCGAUCAUUUAUUUCGAACAAUUCAUGGAGCUUGCACAAUUAGAGUCUAAGCGGGAAUUCAUUGUUAGGAUGAAGGAGCUUAUCAAUAGUUUACCAAGAACUGUGAUAGUUGUGAUGCGGUACCUCUUCGCCUUCCUUAACCACUUGUCGGAGUUUUCCGACGAGAACAUGAUGGAUCCUUACAACCUAGCCAUUUGUUUUGGGCCGACGCUAGUGCCGGUUCCCGACGACAAGGACCAAGUUCAGUACCAGAACCAAGUUAACGAACUCAUUAAGAAUAUUAUUAUGUUUAACGAGGAAAUUUUCCCCAACGACGGUGGCACGGUCUAUGAGAAGUAUAUAUCCCCGGAACCGGAUGACCACGACGUUGGGGAUCUGCCAUCUGACCAGGUGCCAGAAGACCUGGACUCCGAAGUAUACCCAUCUGAAGAUGAUUCGGAAAACAUGGAAGCGACGGCGCAGUUCGACUUCAUCGCAAGGUCUGACCGAGAACUGUCGCUGAAGAAAGGCGACACCGUGACGUUGUAUUCCCAAGUGUCGAACGACUGGUGGAAGGGGUCGGUUAAGGGGCAGGAAGGGUUGAUUCCAGACAAAUAUAUAUCUCUAAAAAUGAAAGAUGAUGAUCGAGAGAAGCUGGAAAACCUGAAAUCGAGCUCGUCUGAGGAGUCGAUGCGGCGGAGAGUCUCCAGUUCGAACGACUCGAUGUUGUCCGAGAGCUCCGUCUCUGCGAGCAAUUCGCCCCUAGUGCAGUGCGCCCCAGUGACAUGGACUAACGUGUCAGACAUGAACGAAUCAAUCUCAUCCGAAAACAACUCAGUAAUUUUAAACCAGACGAGAGAGAACGGACACAACCGCCUUAAAUCCCUGGACAUAUCUCUAGAAUCCCACUUAUUGAAUCGUAUGCGCGAUCCCGUCGUCACAAUAAACGUGAACCAAACCCCGCAAAAUAUCACAAUAAACGGUUCCCCUGUCAUGCAAUCCUGCAAAUUAGAGAAGAGCGAAACGGUUCCCGAAAUCGGAAAAUCGGAGACCGACAUCGAACUGCGCCACAAGUCGGAAAUCGACGAAUCGAACCUAAAUUUCAGCCAAAACCGCGAGCAGUGGCAGCGCCGGGCGGUCUCCCAGUCGCACAUCCCCCUGUCCCAGCCCCAGACCCUGAAGGCGAACCGGAACUCCGAGUCCUACCUGCAGCGGCAGAACCACACUCCGGACCUGGUCAUGGACCUCCCCCUGGUCGGCAACUCGAGUCCGAAGGAAACCACGAAGAAGUCCAUGUCCGUGUCGGGUAACUUGACCUCUGAGGGGCCGCUGGGCGACGAGAGCCACAAGUCGCCCGAGAGCCCCGACAUGCAGACGGCGGCCGAGCGGUUCGCCAAGCAGAACCAAUGCACGCUCAAGAAGAACACCAAAGUUCACGUUGACAGCAGCGACAGUGCUGAGACGAAUCUGAUCACGAUCACUAGUCCCAUGCCCGAGCGCAAGUAUGCGACGAUCGGGAGCGCGACCACGACGUUCAAGCCCCAGCUCAAAGCGAAACCUCCAGUGCUCAAGAAACCCGCGUUUUCGGUGCCCAUGGCGGCAGUCUCAAGCGAAGUACGAAAAGACCAACCGGAUCUUCCCACGUAAUUCUAUGCAACUCAGUUGUCGAAGACAAUAAUGGUAUACUGAUAGAGGUUGGAGCCGCUAUUUUAUAUAGAAAUGUUUUUUGUAACGUGGACAUAUUUGUGUUUCAACCAUUGCAUUCAAUGUGGUGCUUAUGUGUAUGAAUUGUACCCAGACCCAGGCGCAUUGGUUUCACUUGUCCGUUUUAACAGUUUGUGUUGUGUUAUUUGAUAUUGUUAACUGUAUUCUACGUUAAGAGGACGAUUUUUUUAAUGAGACUGAUAACGAUAUUUAACGGUUUAGAUUUAACUUAGAAAAAUAAUCAAAAAGUACUUAGACAGGGUGUGUGUAAAAGAUUGUUUUAUAUAGGUAUAUAUUUUUUGUUAGACUGAUCCAAACAUAUACAUUUACAUAUAUCCAUGUGAUGUAGCAUACGUACAUAUUUAUACAAUGUCAAGUUGUAAUGGACUCGUGAAUUUAUUAAUCACACCAAUCUAUGAAUUGUAUUAAUCGGUGCCUACCUAGAUAUAAAAUGAUUUGUUUAUGAUCUUAUCAUUUACAUCGAAUUGUCUAUUUUACAUGUUUUAUAUUAAGUACGGAUAUUGUGUAUUCUUUUAAGUCCUUGCCUUAUAUUAGCAAAGAGUGAAAAUUAGAAUAAGUUAACGCCAUUCACCAACUCAUCAAAUUAUUUUAACGUGUAAUACUCCGCAAACACUUAUCCACGGAAACCCGUUUGCUGAGUGCUGUGGCUCUUAAUAUUAUUAAAUGUAAAAAAUAUAUAAUCUCCAAAUAUACGUUAUUAUGCACAA